AUGGAGGCCUAUCUCCGCAGCUGGCGGCAGGAUGCCCUGAACAAAGGCCAGCAUGAUGCAGCUAUCUACAUAGGCGACAAGGUGCUCGCCCUUACAAAUAGCGACAAUGACGCUUUUUGGCUCGCGCAGGUGCACUUUUCGCACAACAAUUACACUCGAGCACUGGCGUUGUUGUCGAAGAAGGAUUUGAUCACUCGAAGUUCGUCGUGUAGAUAUUUGGCAGCGCACUGCUAUAUCAAGCAAAAUAAAUUCGAUCAAGCCCUCGCCAUUCUUGGAGAUCAUAAUCCCACGCAUCUGAUAACCAGCUCCAGCAACACACGGCGGAAACUACAACAUCUGAACGGAAACUCAAAUGUUACGUUGCGAAAUGGGAAAAGCGCUUCUUCUCGAACGGACCGCAUUGAAAGGAGCGAAGAAAGGGAACGGGAAGAUGCCAAAAAUAUCAAGUUUGAGGCUGCCAUGUGCUAUCUGCGAGGUCUAUGCUAUGCACGACAGAAUGCCUUUGAUCGAGCAAGAGACUGCUAUAAGGAUGCUGUACGGAUUGAUGUGCAGUGCUUUGAGGCGUUUGACCAGGUUAUGAAGAACUCCCUGAUGUCCCCAGCGGAGGAACUUGAAUUUCUGGAAUCCCUCGAUUUCGACUCAAUAUCAUGUUUUACCGACCCCUCAAUAUCACAAGAGGCCGCCGAAUUUACCAAACUCCUUUAUACGACUCGCCUAUCGAAAUACUCCUCCCCUUCCGCUUUGUCCUACGCCACUGAAACGUUAUCAACUCAUUACAAUCUCGCAGACAACCCCGACCUUCUACUCUCUCGUGCGGAAACACUCUAUACGCAAUGUCGAUUCCCCGAGGCACUGGCCCUUACUUCCAGCAUCCUCUCUUCCUCAGAUGAUUCCGUGUCCAUGCUCGUCUCUCAAGGAAGCCAAGGUCAUAAUCUAGGACAUUCUCCCGCAGUUUAUCCCCUUCAUCUCGCUUGUCUUUAUGAGACAGGCGCUACCAACGCUCUAUUCUUACUUGCGCAUACUCUGGCCGAUAACGUUCCAGAGGAAUCAUAUACAUAUCUUGCUAUCGGUAUAUACUACAUGUCCGUUUGUAAAAUCUCUGAAGCUCGACGCUUUUUUUCAAAGGCCUCCCUCCUAGAUCCACAUUCAGCUCCAGCAUGGAUUGGGUUUGCUCACACUUUUGCUGCGGAGGGUGAACAUGACCAGGCAAUUGCAGCUUACAGCACUGCGGCACGACUAUUCCAAGGGAGUCACCUCCCCCAGCUCUUUUUGGGAAUGCAGCAUCUUGCUCUGAACAACAUGUCUCUCGCCCACGAAUAUUUAUCAGCCGCCUAUUCCAUGUCAUCGGGUUCAUUAUCUAGUACUUUCCUAUCUUCUAACGAAACAGGAUCUCGAGAACAACCUUCUUCCCCCUCAGGUGGCGAUCCGCUUGUACUUAAUGAACUGGGCGUGGUGUUGUACCACGAAAACAAGCUUGAGGGAGCUGUUGAAUUAUUUCGCCAAGCCCUGGCGCUAGCGACGGUACUAAACUGUGAUCCGGGAGCAUGGCUUGCAACGAGAGCUAAUUUAGGUCAUGCUCUGCGUCGCUUGGGUCAUUUUGAAGAAGCUCUCGCGGAGUUUGAUGAAUCGCUUCGAAUUGGAGCUGGUGGGUCUGCAACCGGUUAUUCAGCAGCUAUAUCAACUGCGGGAGCGGGUGGGAUGGUGUCCGCGGGCUCUACCAGCGUUGGUGGCUAUGAGGAUAGAGGGCUUACCGGAUCUUUACAUACGGCCCGUGGGCUGGUAUUACUUGAGCUAGGACGUACUAUGCAGGCUGUUACUGCACUACAUGAGGCGGUUCGUGUCCUAGGCGCUAGUGGCAGUGAUGCUGCAGCUGGUGCUGGCGUGGCGGGAACGUUACUUUCCAGAGGCCUCGAGAUAUGGGAAAUCGAGCAGGAACAGCAGGAUUACGCAUCUCCACCUACAGCCCGACAAACCGCAACCGGCAGCGGCAGGGAAAGGGGCAUAUCCCGCAAAGGAAAGGAGAAAUCCAGGGACAAAGCAGUCACUCGAACUAAAUCGCGUGGCUUAGAGAGGCAUGUUGUUGCCUCUGAAGAAGAAUGGACGAAUGAAAUCGUCAAUCCCGAGCCCGGGAUAGCUUCCCGCAGCGGUAUUGUCGAAGACCAUAGCCAGAGGGUCGAGAUGGAAUUGGAUGACGAAGCGGAGGAUUUGCUGAACCCGGCUCUGAACCGUGCCAGAUCUAGGCAUGCUGGUAGGGGGAGGGAGCGCGAGGUUACAGGGGCGCGGCAUGAUAGGAAUAUUUCCCACGCCGCAGAUGAUGAUGAUGAUGCUGCUACUGCUGCUGAGCCAGCUAGAACGCGGUCAACAAGAUUUGCCACGAGGCGGCGGAGUCCCGCUCGCCACGGGCCUGGUGGGUGGUAA